AUGCUGCGACCGCGUUUUCCAAGUGGCGGGAAAAUCUCCCGUGUGUAUCGCACCGACCCAAAGAAGCUCCCCAAGGCCUUACUUUUGUUUACGCUGCGACUGGUAUACUGGUCCGCCAUUCAUCUCGGCUGUCCGGUGAUCGCGAUCAUAUCUGUCGAGUGUAUAAUCUCGGCGAAUGGACUACCCACGGAACCCAUCGCUCACUCAACGGGUCAAAUGCUUGUCUUGGCGAUGGGAAUUGCCAACUUGGCUGCGCUGCUCUGGGAGAUAGCAUCGGAUUAUUGGAUUCAGGUGCAAAGGUCGUCGUCCCAUCUGCAAGACACACUCAGCAUGCACACGUACUACUCCUCCAAACCUCCUGAUGAAGAGCAACUGGAGUCGAUUUUGGCAGAGCUUCUCUACUCAUCUCGCCAUUGGGGGCUUGUCCCUGGGAUGUUUAUCACCCACAUGCGGAAACAGUCUCUCGCGUCUCUGCUCCAAACAGCGUUAGUCCGUGAGCUAGUGAAGAAGUUGAAUGCGACCGUAGAGAAAGACAAGGCUCCGGCCCCGAUCGAGCGAUACUUUGAGAUCAGAGCGGCAGAAAAGCUACGCUCAAGCCACAGUGAUAACGGCGAUUAUAAAGAAGUCGCACUGUGCCAGGCAGCGGCACAUGGCGAUCUUAGCGCUUUGCAGAUCCUGCUAUUUGAUUAUGGUGGGAAUGAAAAGGGUGGGAAAUUUCGUGUUUGCGAUGAAAAAGAGGAGAUCGUGCUGCCUGUUCCUCAAUCCGCAGAUGGCAUCAUGAAGCUCUGCGAUCUGGCCAGACUGUUCGAGUGUGCGGCAGACGAAGGAUCUCAAUGGGAAACAAGUCGCUUGUUGAACAAGUACUGUGAGUACUUAAGAGAACAAGCGACGCAAAUGGAUGGGACUUCGGAUACGUCUUCAACCGUAACAUUAUCCGAGUCGGUGGUCAAGGAGUCCUCUGUCCAUGCUCCACGCUCUACGGUCUAA